AUGCUAGGCUACCCUGCCCAUUUCGGCCAGAUGGAGUGCCUUAAGCUGGUGGCUAGCCCCAAGUUUGCCGAUAAACGUCUCGGUUAUUUGGGAAUCAUGCUUCUGAUUGACGAAAAGACCGAGGUACUGACAUUAGUCACUAACAGCUUGAAGAAUGAUCUCAAUCACAGCAACAUGUAUGUUGUUGGCCUCGCGCUCUGCACGCUUGGCAAUAUUUCAUCCUCGGAAAUGGCGCGUGAUCUUUGCUCUGAGGUGGAGAAGUUGUUGGGAAGUUCGAACACGUACAUCCGAAAGAAGGCAGCAUUGUGUGCCUUGCGUAUCGUGAAACGUGUUCCCGAAUUACACGAAAAUUUCCUCUCGCGAGCAAAGACUUUGCUUAACGAUCGUAGCCAUGGCGUGCUCAUCACCGGCGUUACGUUGGUUACCGAAAUGUGCCAACAAUACCCUGAAAAUAUUAAUAUCUUUAGAAAGGCGGUGCCACUCUUGGUUCGACAUUUGAAGAAUCUUGUCAGUGCAGGUUUCUCCCCUGAGCAUGAUGUCACCGGCGUGACCGAUCCAUUCUUACAAGUCAAGAUCCUUCGUCUCUUGCGCAUCCUCGCCAAGAAUGACCAAGAAGCGUCUGAUGCCAUGAACGAUAUCCUUGCUCAAGUAGCAACCAAUACAGAAAGCACAAAGAAUGUCGGCAAUGCUAUUUUAUACGAAACAGUGUUGACCAUCAUGGAUAUACAGAGUGAGGCAGGUUUGCGAGUGCUUGCCGUUAACAUUUUGGGUAAAUUCUUGAGCAACCGCGACAACAAUAUUCGUUAUGUUGCUUUGGAAACGUUGAACAAAACUGUUGGAAUUGAGACUCAAGCAGUGCAGCGACAUCGAAACAUUAUUCUCGAUUGUUUGCGUGACGGCGAUAUUUCGAUCCGUCGACGUGCUUUGGAAUUGAGCUUUGCGCUCAUCAACGAAAGCAAUGUACGAGUGCUAACCCGUGAACUGUUGGCAUUCUUGGAAGUCGCAGAUACAGAGUUCAAACAGAGCAUGACCACCAAAAUUUCGCUCGCCGCCGAACGAUUUGCUCCCAAUAGCAGAUGGCACAUUGACACUAUGCUGCGUAUGCUCAAGCUGGCAGGCAACUAUGUUCGUGAAGAAGUAUUGGCCAACUUUAUCCGUCUCAUUGCGCAAACAACACAACUGCAUCAGUACACUGUCCAAAAACUGUAUGCUGGACUCAAGCAGGAUAUCUCUCAGGAAGGAUUUGUGCUUGCUGGUGUCUGGGUGAUUGGUGAAUAUGGUGAUGUUCUGGUCAGUGGCGGAGGUUUUGAGGAUGAAAACAAGACAUUAGAGGUCUCGGAUGCUUCAGUUGUCGGCUUGUUAGACUCUAUUUUGAUGGGUCCCUAUGCAAACCAGCUCACUCGCGAAUACGUGUUGACAGCUUUGAUGAAGCUCUCAUCGCGUUUAAGCGAUUCCGAAGUACAACAACAAAUCAAGCACAUUCUGCAUCAGCAUUCUACGAGUAUGGAGGUUGAAAUCCAACAGCGUGCUGUCGAAUACACCCAACUGUUUUCCUUUGACAACAUCCGUCCUGCCGUUUUGGAACGUAUGCCUGUACCUGAAGGACGAGCUAUCAUUGAAUCCAGUGAAGCUGCUGAUAAUUGCUUGUUGAUAGCACCUGGACAGGGACAACAAAAGAGCGGACCCAGUGAUCAGGAUCUACUUUUGGAUCUUAUGGGCGUUGGCACAGCAUCUGGUGGCGAUCAACAAUCCGAGGAGCCAUCUGGAUCUGCAUUGGCAUCGCCUGAACCACAGUCCAGUGCAGCAGCAUCACAGCAACAGCCCGCUCAAAGCAUGGAUCUAUUAGCAGAUAUUUUCGGUGGGGGCAGCUCAUCUUCACCAGCAACCGACAAUAGCGCCGCUUCACCCGUCCCACCAUCGUCCUCCUCGAAUAGAAACGCAUUAAUGGAUCUACUCGGUGGUGAUGUACAACCACAACAGUCUUCUACACCACCCCCAUCGAACUCUAGUCCUGAUCCAUUGGCAUCGCUUGGCUUUUCUAUGGAUGCUUCAUCACCUUCUGCUCAGCGUUCAAUUUCACCUGCAUUUAGCGGUGGAGCUGCCAGCCCUGCCGCUGCGUCUAGCAGUCCAACACCACCCUCUUCUGCAUCCGGUGGCUUCCAGGCAUAUGCAAAGAACGGUUUGGGAAUCCACUUUGUUCCAGCAAGAGACCGCAACAACGCCAACAUUAUCAAUGUACAAGUCUUAUUUACGAAUAACGCAGAUGGUAAUAUCUCAUCGGUGCAGUUUCAAGCAGCUGUGCCAAGGAGCCAAAAGCUACAAAUGGCACCCGCCAGCAGCUCUACUGUACAGCCCGGUGCUACUGAGAAGCAAUUAAUGCGCAUCAAUAAUCCCCAGCAGGUAACAAAUCGAAAUAUAAAAUAA